CUUUUCUCUCUGGUUCUUAACAACCCAAUCGCAUCAUGAAGUUCCUGCUGAUCCUGGUUGUGUUGGCUGCUCUUACGGCCAGUUCCUUAGCAAUGAAGAACGAUAUCUGUGCUCUUCCGCACUCCCAAAAAGGAUUGUGUAGGGCGCUGAUGCGCAGAUGGUCUUAUGAUGCGGCGAACAGGGUGUGCACACGUUUCAUCUACGGCGGCUGCGGUGGCAACGACAAUCGCUUCGAAUCGCAGCGUGAAUGUGAGGCAACAUGUAUGGAGUAAAUUUCAGCAAUAAAUGAGUCAAUAAUACUGGAUAAAUGUGUUCUUUGACAGCCAUUCAGA